AUGCAUAUUUCUUACAUGUUAGUGUGCUUUGUUAUGGUUUUAUUUUAUGCUUCUGUUCUUCCUUUCACUCAAUGCACAACCUUGGAGGAGGUGAAUCUGAUCAAUAGCCACAAGAACACAAAUAACAAACUUCACAAGCAGGUAAAUCAUGAUCAUCAUCAGAAAUCAUCUGAUAUAGCAUUACAUGGAUUUAUUCUAUGGGGUUCAAUGGGAUUCUUAAUGCCUCUUGGAAUACUUGCAAUCAGAGGAUCAAAUAAAGCUGAACCUGGAUCAAGAAAGAGUAGAAUACUCUUCUAUCUCCAUGUUGCUUUUCAGAUGCUUUCAGUGGUUCUUGCCACAGUAGGAGCUGCUAUGUCAUUGAAAAAAUUUGAAAAUUCAUUUGAUAACAAUCAUCAAAGAUUAGGUCUAGCACUUUAUGGUGCUAUAUUGCUACAAGCUUUCAUUGGAUUUUUCAGACCUCAGAGAGGAAAGAAAGUAAGGAGUUAUUGGUAUUUAGUACAUUGGAUACUAGGAACAAUAGUGUCUUUUGUGGGGAUCAUAAACAUUUACACAGGAUUAAUAGCGUAUCAUAAGAGAACAUUAAAAAGCACAAUGUUUUGGAGUAUAGUUUUCACAGUGGAAGUCACUUUCAUUGGAUUGAUAUAUCUGUUUCAAGACAAAAUGGAGUAUACGAAAAAGCAAGGAGUGAUUGAAGGAGGUAGUGAUGAGUCAAGUAUGUCAUGUUACCAAGAUGUGAUUCCUCAAAGACAAAAUGAAAAGGAGAUGUUGCCAGUUGCAUGUGGAAAGAUAAACGCACUUGGAAAUUUGUUUGACUAA